AUGCGUCCCGGGGUGAGUGGGGGGGAGGAGGCUGGUGGAGGGGAAGCAGGGGAGGACUUGGGGGACUUGAAUAAGCCUCCUGCUGCUGCUGCUCCUGCUGCUGCUGCCGCUCCUGCUGCUGCUAAGCAAGCGGCGAGCGGGGAGAAGCAGAUUCAGCGCAUGUUGGCUGGCCUGUCGUGCCUCGCACGCUCCCUGGGACUGCAGGAAGCACAGCAGCAGGACGCAGAGCAGCAGGAGAUGCAGCAGCAGGAAGCACAGCAGGAAGCACAACAGGAAGCACAGCAGGAAGCAGCAGCAGAGGCAGAGGCAGAGGCAGAGGCAGAGGCAGAGGCAGAGGCAGAGGCAGAGGCAGAGGCAGAGGCAGAGGGCGAGGAAGCAGUGCUGUCAGGCCGGGUGAUGGCGACGCUGCAGAUGGGGGGAGGCAGCGAGGACGAGCGUCGGGAGCUCUUGGCCCUCCUGCGGGCGCUCAAGCAGGUGGAGGAGCAACAGGCGCAGCAGCUGCCAAAGCAACCUGGGCUGAGGCCGAAACAGAAGCAGAAAAAAUGGCAGAAGGGGCAGAAAGGACAGAGGGCGGCCGGAGCAUCGGCCAAGCUAGUGGAGUCCGCACUUGCUUCCACGUUUGCCCCCAGAUACGGUCCAGAUGGCGCUCUGCGAUUGGCUCGUGGUGGAAGAGGGCGGCGUGGGGAGAGGAGCGGCAGUUGUGGUGGUUGCGGUGGCGGUGGCGGCGGCAGCGGCAGCAGUUGCCCCGAGUCUGCUCCGCAUGGCAGUGGUAUCAACAACCCCUGCAGUGGCAUGAGUAAUGGGAUGCAUGAUAGCAGCGGGAUGGUGGGCACACACGGCACCAUCAGCAGCACCCUUUUCAGCAGUACCGACACCAAGUCAGCGAGCGACGUGGGAAAGAAGAGGAAAAGCCCAGAGCGCCCCACUGGCCGCGCUACAGCCGCUCACACGUGGCAGCACGCCAGGCAGGCCGCCCAAGCGUGCUACAGCCGGAGCGUGCUUGGACCGGCCAGUGGCUCGUUCGAGCAGCGGAGCCCAGCCAGUGGCAUAAGGACGUCUAUCCUAGGCUGUGGCAUGGGUGCGAUGGUGCCGGACUUGAGGUACAACCGGAGUGAUGUGUUGCAUGCCAUGUGCACUAUGGAGGCAGGUGCAGUGGGCGCAGGUGCAAUGGGUGCAGGUGCAGUGGGCGCAGCCCCAAAAGAUGCAGCAGCGGCUGUGGAGGCAGCACCAACUCACGGCUCUUGGCCUCGCCUCCAGGGCAAUAUGGCUGUGGCCGCAGAGCAGCACAUGCACUGUCAGGACCAGGAGCACCAGAGGAAGCACAGGCGUGAGCAGGCGUGCGAGCAGCAGUUUCCUCCCGAGGCCAGCAGACAGCCCUGUGGAGCGAGCGCAGGCUCGGCAGGCGCAGGCUCGGCAGGCACAGGCUCGGGAGGCACAGGCGUGGGUGGUGUAGUGGCUGGCCAAGUGGGCGGGUCGGACGGCACGGGCGGCAUGGAUGGUUUCAUGGACGGCAGGGUUCAGUGGCCUUCUGACAACGGCUUUGGUCUAGUCGCGUGUUUUCAGCCGCCUGUGUGCAACACAGAUGCUGAGGAGAAUCAGUGCAGGGGCGCAGAGGGGUGGCGCGCACGAGACGAGCGCAGGGAGAGGAGGCACGAGAGCGAGGCCAACGGCCGCGCAUGCGACGUGCACGACGAGUGGUGCACGGACGAUGCUUUGGAUGAUCAUGAUCCCAAGGGCCACGAAAACGAUGUGCACGACGAGUGCGGCACGGAAAACGAGUGGUUGCCUUGGUGCCAAGGCAUCCGGAGUGGUUCGGCGCCAAACCAGAGGAUCAAGCCCCGGAGCAUGGCAGAGCGGCGGAGGAGGGAGAGGAUCAGCGAGGGGCUGCAGAGGUUGAGGGCGAAGGUGAGGGGGCGAGGGGACACAUGUGCGAUGCUGGAUAGAGCAGUGGGGUAUGUAGAUGCAUUGGAGAAACGAGUUGUUGAGUUAGAGAGGGUGGUGAUGGCAACUGCUGGGUCUGGGAGGACUUUUUUCCCCGGCAAUGCGUUUGCUGGUGGUUCUGUUGCCGGUCGGAGUUUUGCCGGUAACGUCUUUGUGAAUAACGCCGCAGCGUUGACGACGAUUCCGGCUGCAUUGACAUCAGUCCCGACUGGCCUUGGGGAUGAGCCAUGGCUGGACAGAGUUUUGGUAUGA